AUUAAACAUCGGAUCCACUUCCCCUCCCAAAAUCAGAGGGCCUAACCAAUAAACCAUCAAUAACCUAUUUUCUUUUAGUAUUAGGAAUUCGGAUCACAAUUCCAGUUUCAGACACAAACGUUUUCUUUCUGGAAAAGUGGAAAACACAUACAAAAAUGCCCCAAACAAAUCGCCAAAGGCUAAAUCCAGCCUGAAAACCCCCAGUUUCCGUCCCGGUUUGCAAUUCUCUUCGGAAUCGAACAUUCUCAUCCGUUUCUGCUUUUCACUGCGCCGGUGGCCAUGGCGGACGACGCUGGUGGUGGCAGUGCCAGUGGAAGUGGCAGUAUUGUUAGUCUCUGCGGUGGUAGCUCCGACAUAAGCGGGAGGCUCGGUUCGAUGGACUCGGUGGAGUCACGGUGGGUCUUCCAAGACGACGACGACGACUCUGUGAUUGAUGACGACGAGGAUGGUUUGCAACGUCGCGGUACUGGAUUGGAUUCCGACGAGGAGGAGGACGACGACGAAGACGAUAAUGCGGAGCAGCGCCUUAUCCGCACCGGGCCGCGGAUCGAUUCCUUCGACGUUGAAGCUCUUGAGAUCCCAAGCGCCCAGCGAAGUGACUACGAGGACUUCAGUGUGAGCAAGAAGAUUAUUCUAGCUUUUCAGACACUUGGUGUUGUAUUCGGUGACGUUGGAACGAGUCCUUUAUAUGCAUUUGAUGUGAUGUUUACAAAAGCACCCAUAAGUGGGGAAGAAGAUGUUCUUGGUGGAUUGUCAUUGGUCCUGUACACGUUGAUCUUAGUACCUCUUGUGAAAUAUGUUCUUGUUGUGCUUUGGGCAAAUGAUGAUGGCGAAGGAGGUACUUUUGCCUUGUACUCGUUGAUCUGCCGGCAUGCUAAGGUUAGUCUUCUCCCGAAUCAGCUCCCUUCAGAUGCUCGUAUUUCAAGCUUCCGGCUGAAGGUCCCCUCCCCGGAACUGGAGAGAUCAUUAAAAAUCAAGGAAAGACUAGAGGCAUCAUUGACAUUGAAAAAGCUGCUUCUCGUCUUGGUGCUUGCUGGUACUUCGAUGGUGAUAGCUGAUGGAGUUGUUACACCAGCGAUGUCAGUGAUGUCAGCUGUUGGUGGUCUCAAGGUUGGAGUAGCUGCUGUAGAGCAAGACCAAGUGGUGAUGAUUUCCAUUGCCUUUCUUGUAAUUUUGUUUAGUGUACAGAAGUUUGGUACAAGCAAAGUGGGACUUGCUGUAGGUCCUGCUUUAUUUUUAUGGUUUUGUUCUCUAGCCGGCAUCGGAAUCUAUAAUCUUGUCAAAUAUGACAGCAGUGUAUUAAGAGCAUUUAAUCCUGUUCACAUCUAUUACUUCUUCAAGCGGGACUCAGCUAAAGCCUGGCGUGCUCUUGGAGGUUGCCUUCUAUGUGCAACAGGUUCUGAAGCCAUGUUUGCAGAUCUUUGCUAUUUCUCUGUUAGAUCAAUCCAGCUUUUGUGCAUAAGUUCUAUCCCUGGUUGCUUCUGUGCCUCUAAUCCGUUUAAUAGUGGUCAAUUGCAGCUUACUUUUGUAUUUCUGGUGUUACCUUGCCUUUUGCUGGGGUAUUUGGGUCAAGCUGCAUAUCUAAUGCAAAAUCAUACUGAAGUUCUGGCUGAACAGGCUUUCUUUUCGUCAGUUCCAAGUGGUGCAUUCUGGCCUAUCUUCCUUAUUGCUAAUGUUGCUGCAUUAAUUGCUUGUCGAGCAAUGACAACAGCUACUUUUUCUUGUAUAAAACAGUCAACAGCACUUGGUUGUUUCCCAAGACUUAAGAUUAUCCAUACUUCUCGAAAGUUCAUGGGUCAGAUUUAUAUUCCAGUCAUUAACUGGUUUCUGCUGGCGGUGUGCAUAUUGUUCGUCUACUCUAUUCAAAGCAUUACUGAGAUGGGAAAUGCAUACGGGAUUGCUGAGCUUGGGGUCAUGAUGAUGACAACCAUUUUGGUGACCCUUGUUAUGCUCCUUAUUUGGCAGAUCAAUAUCUUUGUUGUGCUCAGCUUUCUUACGAUUUUCCUAGGGAUUGAAUUGACAUUUUUCUCAUCGGUUUUAUGGGGUGUGGGAGAUGGAAGUUGGAUAAUAUUGGUGUUUGCUGGAAUUAUGUUCCUUAUCAUGUAUAUUUGGAACUAUGGGAGCAAACUAAAAUAUGAAACUGAAGUGAAGCAGAAGCUGUCAAUGGAUUUAAUGAGGGAAUUAGGGUCCAACCUAGGAACGAUUAGAGCCCCUGGAAUUGGCUUGCUCUACAAUGAGUUGGUGAAAGGGAUACCAGCUAUAUUUGGCCAUUUUCUGACAACUCUUCCGGCGAUUCAUUCAAUGAUCAUCUUUGUCUGUAUAAAGUAUGUUCCAGUCCCAGUUGUCCCUCAGAGUGAACGGUUCCUUUUCAGACGAGUCUGCCCAAAGAACUACCACAUAUUCCGUUGUAUUGCCAGGUACGGUUACAAAGAUGUGAGGAAAGAGAACCACCAGGCCUUUGAACAGCUGUUGAUUGAGAGUUUGGAGAAGUUUAUCAGGAGGGAGGCUCAGGAAAGAUCGUUAGAGAGUGAUGGGGAUGAUGAUAUGGAGACAGAAGAUGAUGAUUACUCGAACAAAAACAACACUAGAGUCCUAGUUGCUCCAAAUGGAAGUGUUUAUUCACUUGGCAUGCCCCUACUGGCUGAGUUCCAGGAAACCGGUAACCACAACUAUCGUGGUUCCACUGAGGCAAGCACUUCUUGUUCUUCUCCUGAGGUUAUUGCGAAAUCAGGGUCGUCGGCAGAUCCACUUGAUCCUGAGCAGAGUCUUGAUCGGGAGCUAUCUUUUAUUCGAAAAGCUAAAGAAUCAGGGGUUGUGUAUCUUCUGGGACACGGAGAUAUUAGAGCAAGAAAGGAUUCCUGGUUCAUCAAGAAGCUAGUCAUUAACUAUUUCUACGCUUUUCUGCGAAAGAACUGCAGAAGAGGGAUUGCCAAUUUGAGUGUCCCUCACUCCAAUCUGAUGCAGGUGGGCAUGACAUACAUGGUCUGACUUGGUUUUCAAGUGACAGAAGUGGUUGGUUCUAGACUUCUAGUCGCACAAGACCAUAAAGGAGGAAUUGUGUGCCAUACUGAUUAGCCUGUUCAACUGGUUAUUUGCCGAUCAAUGAUGAUUCAUAGUGUGUGUGUGAGUACCCCAUUCUUUUGUUGGACUAUCUGGACUAUGAAAUACUUGUGCACACGCAAUUGCUGCGCUGGAUCUGUCGCCCUUUUUUCUUUCAGCAAGUUUUGAUAUUGGUAGGUCAGAGUGUCUUGUAAUUGAAUGGAACCGCUUGUGGCUGGAUGGCCAGUUUGUAGAAUCAAAUUUCAUCUACCAGUUACUAUGUUAAGUAGUGGAUAGUUGAAUGCAGCCUGCUAGUAGACGAUGAGCUCCUCUGUUGUAGAACCAAGUUCUUGUUCCUCCCUCAACAUCAAAUUGACAUGAACUGCAUAUCUAUAACUUUUUUUUUUUUUUUUGCAUUCGAUUCGAGGAGCUUGUCGCUGC